AUGGAAAAUAUAUUUCAAAAAAAUAAUUUGGAUAUUAUUAAAGGAUUAAUAGAAUAAACAGAUACUCAUUUAGAAUUCUCGACUUUUUAUCAUGACUUAGUCUGCUCAAUAGAUGAAUGUGAAGGUGGAUUUACUUAACCUUUGAUUCUUUUUGAUCAUUUUGAGAGUUUUUUGGACUUUAUAGAUGCUAAAUAUAAUGACUUAUUCGGGAUUUGUAUUAAAUUACUAAAUAUUCUUAUGGAAAAUAAUGAAACUUUGUUUCCUUAGAAAAAUAUUGAUAUGUUAUAAGCUAUUUUUCCGGAUAUUACUAAUUCUUAAUUAACAUUGGAAACUUUCUAGUUUUUAGAAGAGUUAUAUUAAGAUUCUGAAUAUUUUAUUGAUUUAUAAACUGAAAUUUUUAGAUUUUUUAAUUUGCAUUUUUUGAAAGCUAAAAAUGUUAUUUUUAAUUUCGAAAAGCGUUAUUUUGAGCUUAACUUAUUAAUAGGAAAUGAACUUAAAGUGGCUUAAUUAACUAAAAAAAUUUUUGCUUUAAAAUCUAAUAUUUAAUUACUUGAGAAGCUUUUAAGGUAAAAUAUUUAAGGAUUUGUUUCAAAGGUACGAUUAUUUUAAAAAAUGCUUAAAAAGUCUUCCAAUUUUCUUAAAGAUUAUGGAUUACAUGCUAUUUUUUUACCUUUUGAGAAUAUUAUAAGUUUCACAAAAUUAGUUGGAGAUGCAAAUUUUUUAAAUGGACUAGAAUUAAUGAAAAUUAAAGAAUUAGUUAUUGAAUUUAUUUUUAUUAGAGAUCUUUUUACUACUGUGAUGUUAUCACCUUAAAUUCCAAGAAAAUUAGAUUAAUUUUAGUCUAAUGCUUUAUUAGAAAAGGCUAAAUCGAUUCCAGAAGGAAAGCUUUUUGGUAAAAUAGAAGAUAUUUUUGAAAAAUAUGAAAAAUAAUUGGCUAAUAAAGAAUAUACAUAAAUAUAUAAUCCUGUUAAUAUAAAUAAUAAUUAUUAUUAAUUCUAUAAAAGACUAAUUAAUGAAAUAGAUUUUUUAAGCUAAAAAGAUUAAGCUUCUGAAUUGAUAAUGAAUAGUCCUUUAUAUUAAUUACAUUACUAAUAAACAAAACUUAAAAACUUCUGUAAAAUAAGUAAUAUUUUUUUGAAUUAUUUCCUUAAAUAAACCCUUAAACCUAAUUUGAUUUAUCCUUUUAAUAAAUAAAAAACUUCUGAUUAUUAUUCAUAUAAUAAUAUGUGUAAUAAUAUAAAAUUAUUAAAUAGAUUGCUUAUUUUCGAUACUAAAUUAUUCCAAAAUUUAAUAAGAGAAUAUAUAGAAGAAUCUGUUUAGAAUAAAGAAUUAUUUGUUUCUAUUUUAUAAAAAGUUUCAUAUAAUAUGCCUCUUUUAUUUUCUCUUGUUAAAAAUUAUGAGACUAAUUUUGAAGAUAAUACAUUAAGAAGAAUAGGAGAUUUAUGUGUUGAAUUUCUUUAAUUUUUCAGAUAUUUAGCUGAAGAAUAACAUGAAUAUCUUUAAAAUAUAAUAGGUGAAUAAGGAAUUUUAUUAAAAAUGAUAGGAUUAAGUGAACUUUUAUUUAAAUCUUGGUAAAUAGAUAUUCUUACUAAUAAAUCAUUUAUUUAAAACUAGAUUAUGGAAGGUGGCAUAACUUAAACCUUUGUAAAACUUUUUACAUAUUCUAUGAUUAAUUUAGCAGAAAUGCAUUUAGGUCCUUGCACUUUAAACUAAAUACAGACAGUAAAUUUAUUUACUUAAUAAAAAAUUUGGCCAAUUAUUAUAAAAUUACUUGUUAAUAAAACAUCAAAAUAUACUUCUACAUAAGAAACGAUAAGAGUUUAUGUAUUAGAAUUAAUUAUUUCAUUAUUAGAAGGAUAAAAUUCUGAUAUUUUAGAAAGUAUUAAUUCUUUUGUAAAUUAUAAAAUAUUAGAAGAAACUUUCAUUUAAACAUUCAAAUCUAUAGUGAAGACAUAUUUAAAAAUGGAUAUACAUGAAAGUUCUUCUAGUAUUGUAAAUCUUUAUCAUAUAUAAGAAUUGUUAAUAUAGAUGUAUAAGAAUUAAUUAGGAGAAAAUCUACAUUAGUCAGUUUUGUAAGAAAAGAAUUUACCAAUAAAAAUAAUUGUGAGCAUUUUAAAAAUACUAAAUAUUUAUAAAACUAUAUCUAAGGAAGUUGAAACUUAUUUAAAUUUUUAUAAAAAAAGAAAAACUGAUAAAUAAAAUUAUAAAAGUACUUAUAAUGGUAUUAUUACUACUGGAUUUAAAUUUUUGGAUGGAAUUAUUGCUGAAAUUGAACUUGUUAAUAAUUAAAAUAAAUUACAGACUUAUUAAUAUAUUUUACCUCCUUAAUGUUUUUAUUUAUCUCAUGAAACUAAAAUAUAAUUCAUGGAAUAAGUCGAUAGAAGUAAUAAUGGCGCAAAAUUAGGUUGCAUGAUAGAAAAAUUAGAAGAUUUUAUAAUUGAAAUGGAAGAAAACAAAUAUAUAUACUAAAAAUAUCAAACAUAUUUAACUUCUCUUUUAAAUUUUACAAUGUUCUCAUAUGAUCAUUCUAACCCUGUAUUUUUGUACUUGUAUUAAUCCUUUUGA